AGGGGUGAUGAUUUUUCUGCCCAUGCAGCCUGUGUGAACUUCACAUGUAUAUGGCAAGCGCAACGCUUCCGCUCCAUCAUUUACCGUUUGACCGCAACACAACACGUUUGUCAUGAAAUUCACACUUCAGGCGCGCACAUUCGCGGAUGACGAAGAUCCAGAAGAUCUACACGAGCCCAUGCGUCUUGUGCGGCUCAUUGGCGCUGGAAACUGUUCAUAGUGGAAGUGCAGUAUCUUCAGCCAACGGUGACAUUCACGACGCCUUGCGCGCAGACUGGCAGGCUGCUGUACCGGCACUAUGGAGGAAAAAAACAAGGACGAUAACGCCACGAAGGGACAUGAAUCGAUGUCCUAUCAACGGAGGAUGUGGAAGAAUUUUCAAGAAAAAACCAAACCGUUUAUGAGUCCCAAAUUGGUCUCUGAACGUCGCAAUCCCGACAGUAAAAAGGAGACGGGGUUAUGGAUGUUUAAAAGGAAAAAGAAACAGUUGGACCGUGUCUUUUCGUCCUCACAGCCCAAUCUCUGCUCCUCUACCCCGUCGACUUUCCCGGGUGACCUGUCACUCGGCGGUACAGCGGUCUCUGGGAACAGCGACAACGGGCAACCUAUGCAACAGCUGCUGGGUGCGGUUGGAGUGUCGGCAAGCAAGCCAGAGCUAACGGGACACGAGUGCCCGAAGCUCAUCGUCUCCCAUUUAAUCAUGUCCCACCAGAAGAGCUCCUCUCUCGGCUCUGCAUGCUUCGAGAAGCUGGUAGUAAAAUCUGCGGACGUUGGAGAGGAGGAACAGCUCCGCAAAAACGCCAGUGAUUCUGGCAUCAACAUUGUGGAGCCAAGUAAUGCUGAGACCGCCCUUGUUACCAACCCAGGGAUGUACCAGCUGGACAUCAUACUGAAGAAAGGACACAACCUCGCCAUCAGGGACAGAGGAGGGACAAGUGAUCCGUAUGUGAAGUUUAAGAUCGGUGGGAAGGAGGUGUUCAGGAGCAGGACCAUCAAUAAGAACCUGAACCCAGUGUGGGACGAGAAAGUCAGCCUGCUUGUGGACAGCCUCCGAGAACCUCUCUAUGUCAAGGUGUUUGACUAUGACUUUGGCCUUCAGGAUGACUUCAUGGGUUCGGCAUACCUCUACCUGGAGUCCCUGGAACACCAGAGGAACCUGGACGUGACCCUUGACCUUGAGGACCCCCAGUACCCCGACCAUGACCUGGGAACUCUAGACCUGGCAGUCACACUGUCGCCCAAAGAGGGAGACUUCAGGGAAGCUACCAUGCUUUUGAGAAGGAGCUGGAAACGAUCCAAUAAGCAGCUGCAUUCAAGUAUGCGGUUGUCAGAUGUCCACAGGAAAGCUCAGCUGUGGAGAGGUAUAGUGAGCAUCAGUCUGAUUGAGGCUCGCGACCUCCAGCCUAUGGACGCCAACGGCUUUAGUGACCCCUACGUCAAAUUCAGACUGGGCCAUCAGAAAUACAAGAGCAAGACGAUACCCAAGACUUUGAACCCCCAGUGGAGAGAGCAGUUUGACUUCCAUCUGUAUGAGGAGCAGGGGGGCUUCAUCGACAUCACCGUCUGGGACAAAGACGCAGGCAAGAAGGAUGACUUCAUGGGCAGGUGUUCGGUUGACCUGUCGCCGCUGAGUAAAGAGCACACUCAUAAGUUGGACGUACCGCUGGAGGAGGGCGAGGGCAUGCUGGUGCUGCUGGUCACACUCACUGGGGCUGCAGCAGUGUCCAUCUCGGACCUGUCGGUCAAUAUUCUGGAUGACCCACAAGAGAGACACCAGAUACUACAGAGAUAUAGUGUGCUGAGGUCGUUCCACAACCUGAAAGAUGUGGGUAUGGUCCAGGUGAAGGUCAUCAGAGCAGAGAGGCUGAUGGCAGCAGACGUCACAGGAAAGAGUGACCCCUUCUGUGUGGUGGAGCUGAGUAAUGAUCGGCUACAGACACACACCGUCUACAAGAACCUCAACCCCGAAUGGAACAAGGUCUUCACCUUCAACGUGAAGGACAUCCACUCAGUGUUGGAGGUGACGGUGUACGACGAGGACCGAGACAGGAGUGCAGACUUCCUGGGGAAAGUGGCCAUCCCUUUACUAAACAUUCAAAAUGGUGAACGGAAAGCCUACGCCUUGAAAAGCAAGGAGCUGACAGGGCCAACAAAAGGGGUCAUCUUUCUCGAAAUAGACGUGAUUUUUAAUGCUGUGAAGGCCGGUCUCAGGACGUUAAUACCCAUCGAGCAGAAAUACAUUGAGGAUGAACCCAGAGUGUCCAAACAGUUGCUGCUGCAGAACUUCAACAGAGUGAGGCGCUGCAUCCUGUUCCUCAUCAACGCCGGCUGCUACAUCAACAGCUGCUUCGAAUGGCACUCGCCUCAGAGGAGCAUCUGCGCAUUCCUGCUCUUUGUUCUCGUGGUGUGGAACUUUGAACUCUACAUGAUUCCUCUGGCUCUGCUGCUGCCGCUGGCCUGGAACUAUAUCCUUGUCGCUUCGGGGAAGGACACCAGGCAAGACGUGCAAGCGAUGGAGGACUUGCUGGAGGACGAGGAUAUGGACUAUGAGAAAGAUGACAAGGUGCCUAGGCCCGGCCAUUCGGAUGACGGCCGACUGCCUGAAAGCCAUAUCCUUGUGGAUAUGUUGGCUUCCUGGCACUUUGAGUGGAUACGGGUGAUGGUGGACCCGGAGAGAAAGGGCUUCAUCAACAAGCUGUAUGCCAUCCAGGAUGUGUGCAUCAGUGUGCAGAAUGCGUUGGAUGAAGUAGCCUCCUACGGCGAGAGGAUAAAGAACACAUUUAACUGGACAGUGCCUUUCCUAAGCUGGCUGGCCAUCGUUGCACUGUGUGUGGCCACUGUGCUCAUCUACUAUAUCCCCCUACGCUACAUUGUCCUGGCCUGGGGGGUGAAUAAAUUCACCAAGAAGCUCCGUGACCCGUACAACAUUGACAACAACGAGCUCCUGGACUUCCUGUCCAGAGUCCCCUCAGAUAUACAAGUGGUGCAGUACCGAGAGCUGAAACUGGAUCUCAGUCAUAGUCCAAAUAAAAGAAAGAAAAACAACCCGGGGUAGCUGGCUUUGUCCGCCCACGGAAUCUUCCCUCCCUCAACGGCCCGACACCGAGGAGCAGAGGAAGGCUGGUCUGGACCUCCUCAACUCUCUCUCUCUCCUUUUUUCAUAUUUUCCUCUUUCUCCCUCUUCUACUGACUUUAUAUAUACAUGUACAGGCUUCCGAAGUGUAAUUAUCAAUGUAGAAAGAGACAGCAAGAGAAAAAUCGUAAAUUCUGAGUUUAGAGAUGAGCCUGGAUGAAAGUGUCCCGGACCAUUCCAGACCCAGGUGUUUACAGCAUUGUACCAGUCUGACAGAUGUACAAGUCAUGCUCGACUGUGUGACAGUUAUGAGAUCACCCGAAGAGGUUUCAGGCAUUUUUUACACAAUUCCCCCGUAAGGAACAUAUCAUUUAACCCUAUCAUAGUCAGAAAGCCGCCAACCAGGUAGAAUGGAUGGUCUACUUUUCCAAAUCUGAACUCCCAAAUGAGCUUUAUUUAUUCAUUAUUUUACAAAAUGUUGUAAAUAUUUUUUGUUGUAUUUACAUUUUGGAUUAAAUUAUUAUAUUUUUUGGGGGGGGGUGUAUUUUAAGAGGUCAAAUGUUAAUUGUCUUUUCAGCUUUUAGGCAUGUAUACAUAUCACCCUGGUCCAGUGGUCCUUGACUAUCCAAAUGAAUGAUAACUUCAAAAACCUCAAAAAUCCUCUUUUAAAUGGAACCCGAGGACUGCUGCAGUCCUGCCGAAAUGCCAUUCUUCCGGUCUUCACGACCAUCAAUAGCGCAGAUCAGUGUUUUUCUACUCAGAAACAGGGUGUCGUUUCCCCCCAGAAGAGGCAGGCAAGUGUAGCUCUCUGCUGUGCCACUGAGCUAAUAUAGAUGUCACCCUGUGCAGACAGAAUCGCCAGGCAGGCCUUAGGCAGCCCAAGCGGUAAUCUUAUUUGAAAGGCUGGUCUCCUCUCCUCUCAUCUCCACAUGUUGCCUCAGUGGGCACACACACACUCUCCAACACUGUGCCACAGGCUGGCCACCAUCUCCAUUUGCCCCACCUCCUGCUCAACUAUGAUCUCUCUUUCAAGGGACGAGUUUGUGUAUACGUGUAUGUAUGUGCAUGUGUCCCAUUGGGCAAAAACAGUUUGAAUCAACGUUGCCUUCACAUCAGUUCAGCCCAAACAAUGCUACGCGAUGACGCUGAAUCAACGUUGCUUCCACAUCAGUUCAGCCCAAACAAUGAAUCAACGUUGCCUCCACGUCAGUUCAGCCCAAACAAUGCUAAGCGAUGACGCUGAAUCAACGUUGCCUCCACGUCAGUUCAGCCCAAACAAUGCUACGCGAUGACGCUGAAUCAACGUUGCCUCCACGUCAGUUCAGCCCAAACAAUGCUACGCGAUGACGCUGAAUCAACGUUGCCUCCACGUCAGUUCAGCCCAAACAAUGCUACGCGAUGACGCUGAAUCAACGUUGCCUCCACGUCAGUUCAGCCCAAACAAUGCUACGCGAUGACGCUGAAUCAACGUUGCCUCCACGUCAGUUCAGCCCAAACAAUGCUACGCGAUGACGCUGAAUCAACGUUGCCUCCACGUCAGUUCAGCCCAAACAAUGCUACGCGAUGACGCUGAAUCAACGUUGCCUCCACGUCAGUUCAGCCCAAACAAUGCUACGCGAUGACGCUGAAUCAACGUUGCCUCCACGUCAGUUCAGCCCAAACAAUGCUACGCGAUGACGCUGAAUCAACGUUGCCUCCACGUCAGUUCAGCCCAAACAAUG